AUGUAGCUAGUUUAGUUAUCCGGCCAGCUGAGCAGAAUCCCUUAUCAUACCCGCCUAUCCAAAAUAUCAACUUUUCAGAGACUCGGAAAACAGCCUUGUUUGCAGCUUGGUGACAGUAUAUCUUUGAGAUUUUCCGGAGGUUACUGGUUGCCAUGGAUGCAGUCAUUCACCUUGUUUUUCCCCCUUCUUCCCUGACAUGAACUGCAAGUGAGACGGACCUUAUAAAAGCAGUAAGGGUCAAAGCCGUCCACAUUCUUCAGCUGGGACUCCUGCUGUGCCCUCUGGGGUGUGUUGCAGAGAUGAGUUCGGAUGCUGAAAUGAGUGUGUUUGGGGAGGCUGCCCCAUACCUGAGGAGACCUGAACGAGAGAGAAUCGAAGCCCAGAACAGGCCCUUUGAUGCUAAAACUGCAGUGUUUGUGGUGGAUCCAAAGGAGCUGUUUGUUAAAGGCACUCUGCAAAGCAAAGACGGCAGCAAGGCGACCAUUAAAACUGAUGCAGGACGGGUUGUAACAGUGAAGGAUGAUGAAGUCUUCCCCAUGAACCCGCCGAAGUUUGACAAGAUCGAGGACAUGGCCAUGAUGACCCACCUCAAUGAGGCCGCUGUGCUGUUUAACCUCAAAGAGCGUUACGCAGCGUGGAUGAUCUAUACCUACUCUGGGCUGUUCUGCGUCACUGUGAACCCUUACAAGUGGCUCCCAGUGUACAAACAAGAGGUAGUGGUGGCCUACAGGGGUAAAAAGCGCCAGGAGGCUCCACCACACAUCUUCUCCAUCUCCGACAACGCCUAUCAGUUCAUGCUUACUGAUAGAGAAAACCAGUCCGUCCUUAUCACUGGAGAAUCUGGUGCAGGAAAGACUGUCAACACCAAGCGGGUCAUCCAGUACUUUGCGACAAUCGCAGGGUCUGGGGACAGGAAAAAAGAUGUUGCUGCCUCUGGAAAAUUCCACGGGAAUCUGGAGGACCAGAUCAUCUCUGCUAACCCACUGCUAGAGGCCUUUGGAAAUGCCAAAACUGUCAGAAACGAUAAUUCCUCACGUUUUGGCAAAUUCAUAAGAAUCCACUUUGGAACCACAGGAAAACUGUCUUCCGCUGAUAUUGAAACUUACUUGUUGGAGAAAUCCAGAGUAACUUUUCAGCUGGCUGCAGAGAGGAGUUACCAUAUUUUCUACCAGAUCAUGUCCAACAAGAAGCCUGAGCUGAUAGAGACUCUCCUCAUCACCACUAACCCCUACGACUACCCAUUUGUUAGCCAAGGGGAGAUCAGCGUGGCCAGUAUCGAUGACAGUGAGGAGCUGAUGGCCACGGAUAGCGCCAUUGACACCCUAGGCUUCACUGGAGAGGAGAGGAUUGGCAUCUACAAGCUAACAGGUGCUGUGAUGCAUUAUGGGAAUAUGAAGUUCAAGCAGAAACAGAGAGAGGAGCAAGGAGAGCCAGAUGGGACAGAGGUGGCUGACAAAGCAGCUUACCUGAUGGGUCUGAACUCUGCAGACCUGCUGAAAGCACUGUGUUACCCGAGAGUGAAGGUUGGAAAUGAGUAUGUAACCAAAGGGCAGACUGUUCAGCAGGUACAUGUCUACAAUUCUAUUGGUGCUUUGGCCAAAUCAGUGUAUGAGAAGAUGUUUAUGUGGAUGGUCCUCCGCAUUAAUCAGAUGCUGGACACCAAGCAACCCAGGCAGUUCUUCAUCGGAGUCCUGGACAUUGCUGGGUUUGAAAUCUUUGAUUAUAACAGUCUGGAACAGCUGUGUAUCAAUUUCACCAAUGAGAAACUGCAACAGUUUUUCAAUCAUCACAUGUUUGUACUGGAGCAAGAGGAGUAUAAGAAGGAAGGCAUCGAGUGGGAAUUCAUUGACUUUGGGAUGGACCUAGCUGCCUGUAUAGAGCUCAUUGAAAAGCCAAUGGGCAUCUUUUCCAUACUUGAAGAGGAGUGUAUGUUUCCCAAGGCAUCAGACACUACCUUCAAAAACAAGCUGUAUGACCAGCAUCUUGGAAAAUCCAACAACUUCCAGAAGCCCAAGCCUGUCAAAGGCAAGGCUGAGGCUCACUUCUCCCUGGUGCACUAUGCUGGCACUGUGGACUACAGCAUCACAGGCUGGUUGGACAAGAACAAGGACCCGCUGAAUGAGACUGUAGUCCAGCUCUACCAGAAAGCCAGCCUCAAACUCCUGGCUUUCCUAUAUUCUAACUAUUCUUCAUCUGACGAUAAUGGAGGACGUAGCGGAGCUGGUACUGCUAAGAAAGCAGCAAAGAAGAAGGGCUCAUCCUUCCAGACUGUGUCGGCCCUCUUCCGGGAGAACCUGGGAAAGCUUAUGACAAAUCUCAAGAGCACCCAUCCUCAUUUUGUUAGGUGUCUAAUUCCAAAUGAAACUAAAACUCCAGGGAUUAUGGAACACCAUCUGGUUAUCCAUCAGCUGCGAUGUAACGGCGUACUGGAAGGAAUCAGGAUCUGCAGAAAGGGCUUCCCCAGUAGAAUCCUGUAUGGGGAUUUCAAGCAAAGGUACAAAGUACUGAAUGCUAGUGUGAUACCUGAGGGACAAUUCAUUGACAACAAGAAAGCUGCUGAGAAGCUCUUGGGGUCAAUUGAUGUGGAUCACACACAGUAUAAGUUUGGGCAUACCAAGGUGUUCUUCAAAGCUGGACUCUUGGGUCUACUAGAAGAGAUGAGAGAUGACAAACUGGCCUCUCUCAUCACCAUUACUCAAGCCUUGUGUCGUGGCUUCCUCAGAAGGAAGGAGUUUCAGAAAAUGAUGGAGAGGAGAGAGUCCAUUUAUAUUGUCCAAUACAACAUUCGCUCCUUCAUGAAUGUGAAACACUGGCCAUGGAUGAAGCUCUACUUUAAGAUCAAGCCACUCUUGAGGAGUGCUGAGACUGAGAAGGAGAUGGCCAUCAUGAAAGUGGAGUUUGCCAAGUGUAAGGAGGAUUUAGCCAAAACUGAGGCUAAGAGGAAGGAACUGGAAGCCAAAAUGGUUUCCCUUCUUCAGGAGAAGAAUGACUUGUUUCUGCAGAUUCAGUCUGAAAGUGAGAGUCUGGCAGAUGCAGAGGAAAGAUGUGAGGGGCUGAUUAAGAACAAGAUUUUGCUGGAGGCCAAAGCCAAAGAACUCAGCGAGAGACUGGAGGAUGAGGAGGAGGUGAAUGCCGAACUGACCGCCAAGAAGAGGAAGCUGGAGGACGAGUGCUCUGAGCUGAAGAAGGACAUUGAUGACUUGGAGCUCACCUUGGCUAAAGUGGAGAAGGAAAAACAUGCCACUGAAAACAAGGUGAAGAAUCUGACUGAGGAGAUAUCCUCUCUUGAUGAUACCAUCGCCAGGUUAUCCAAGGAGAAGUUGGCCCUGCAGGAGGCCCACCAGCAGACACUGGAUGACCUGCAAGCAGAGGAAGACAAAGUCAGCUCUUUGACCAAAGCCAAGAUCAAGCUGGAGCAACAAGUUGAUGAUCUUGAGGGCUCUCUGGAACAAGAAAAAAAGAUACGGAUGGAUAUUGAGAGAGCCAAAAGAAAGCUUGAAGGAGAUCUGAAACUAACUCAAGAAUCCAUAAUGGAUAUGGAAAAUGACAAGCAACAGCUGGAGGAACGCCUUAAAAAAAAAGACUUUGAAUUCAGCCAACUUGUAGCCAAAAUUGAGGAUGAGCAAAGUGUGGCUGUGCAAUCUCAGAAGAGGAUCAAGGAGCUUCAGGCCCGCAUUGAAGAACUGGAGGAGGAGAUUGAAGUGGAGCGUGUUGCCAGGGCUAAGGUGGAAAAGCAAAGGUCUGAUCUCUCCAGGGAGCUCGAGGAGAUCAGUGAGAGGCUGGAAGAGGCCGGAGGAGCCACCGCCGCUCAGUUAGAGACGAACAAGAAGCGAGAGGCCGAGUUUCAGAAACUGAGACGAGACCUCGAAGAGUCGACCCUCCACCACGAGGCCACCGCGGCAGCUUUAAGAAAGAAACACGCUGACAGUGUGGCUGAGCUGGGAGAGCAGAUUGACAACCUUCAGCGGGUCAAACAGAAGCUGGAGAAGGAGAAGAGUGAGUACAAGAUGGAGAUUGAUGACCUGUCUAGCAACAUAGAAGUCAUGUCCAAGUCAAAGAUUAAUUAUGAGAAGCUGGUUCACUCUCUGGAAGACCAACUGAGUGAAUACAAGACAAAACACGAUGAGAACACUCGUCUGAUCACUGAACUAAAUGCUCAAAGGGCAAGACUUCAGAAUGAAAAUGGUGAGUUUUCUCGUCUUCUUGAAGAGAAAGAAGCAAUACUCUCUCAGAUGUUGAGGGCUAAGCUGGCCUUCACUCAGCAAAUGGAGGAACUGAAGAGGCAGGUUGAAGAAGAAACAAAGGCUAAGAAUGCCCUCGCCCAUGCUCUCCAAUCUGCCCGUCACGACUGUGAUCUGCUGAGGGAGCAGUUUGAGGAGGAGCAGGAGGCCAAGGCUGAGCUCCAGAGAGCAAUGUCCAAGGCCAAUAGUGAGGUGGCCCAGUGGAGAACCAAAUAUGAGACUGAUGGCAUCCAGCGCAAUGAUGAACUGGAGGAGGCCAAGAAAAAGCUUGCCCAACGUUUGCAGGAGGCUGAGGAGGCUAUUGAGGCUGUGAAUGCCAAGUGCUCAUCUUUGGAGAAGACGAAGCAGAGGCUGCAAGGUGAGGUGGAGGACCUCAUGGCUGAUGUGGAAAGGGCAAAUGCUCAAGCAGCUGGCCUGGAUAAAAAGCAGAGAAGCUUUGAUAAGAUUCUGUCUGAGUGGAAGCAGAAGUAUGAAGAGAGUCAGGCUGAGCUGGAUGGAUCACAGAAGGAGUCUCGCUACCUCAGCACUGAGCUCUUCAAAAUGAAGAACUCUUACAAGGAAGCUUUGGAGCACCUAGAAGUCCUGAAACGAGAGAAUAAAAACCUGCAACAGGAAAUCUUUGAUUUGACUGAACAACUUGGAGAGAAUGGUAAAGCCAUCCAUGAGCUUGAGAAGACUAAGAAACAAACUGACAUUGAGAAGACAGAGAUCCAGACUGCUUUGGAAGAAGCUGAGGCUUCUCUGGAACAUGAGGAAUCCAAAAUUCUGCGUAUCCAGCUGGAGCUCACCCAAGUCAAAGGAGAGGUUGAUCGCAGGCUCGCUGAGAAGGAUGAGGAGAUCGACCAGAUGAAACGCAACCACCAGCGCAUUAUCGAAACAAUGCAGUCCGCAUUAGAUGCUGAGACGCGCAGCAAGAACGAUGCCAUGAGAAUCAGGAAGAAGAUGGAGACUGACCUCAAUGAGAUGGAGAUCCAGCUGAGCCAUGCCAAUCGGCAGGCCGCUGAAGCCCAGAAGCAGCUGAGGAACAUGCAAGCCCACCUCAAAGAACAAACGCUUCACCUGGAUGAGGCACUGCGGGGCCAGGAGGACCUGAAAGAGCAGGUGGCCAUGGUGGAGCGCAGGAGCAGCCUGAUGCAGGCAGAGGUGGAGGAGCUCAGGGCUGCUCUGGAACAGUCAGAAAGAAGCCGCAAAUUAGCUGAACAGGAACUAGCUGAUGCCUGUGAGAGAGUAGGGCUACUGCACUCUCAGAACACAAGUCUCUUCAACUCCAAGAGGAAGCUGGAUGCAGAUGUCAGCCAGCUGCAGGGCGAGGUGGAGGAUGCAAUCCAAGAGGCUCGCAAUGCAGAGGAAAAAGCCAAGAAGGCAAUCACUGAUGCAGCCAUGAUGGCAGAGGAGCUGAAGAAAGAGCAGGACACCAGCAGCCACCUGGAGAGGAUGAAGAAGAACCUGGAGGCCUCUGUGAAGGAUCUGCAACACCGCCUGGAUGAGGCAGAGGACCUGGCUUUGAAGGGGGGCAAGAAACAGCUCCAGAAACUGGAAGCUCGGGUGCGUGAACUGGAGGGCGAAGUGGAGAGUGAACAGAAAAGAGCUGCUGAUGGCAUCAAGGGAAUCCGUAAAUAUGAGAGGAAAGUGAAGGAGCUCACUUACCAGACUGAAGAGGACAAGAAGACUGUUUUGAGACUGCAGGACCUGGUAGACAAGCUGCAGCUCAAAGUCAAGGCUUACAAACGGCAGAAUGAAGAAGCUGAGGAGCAGGCAGGUGCUCAUCUUGCUAAGCUAAGGAAGGUGCAGCAUGAGCUGGAAGAGGCACAGGAGCGGGCAGACAUCGCUGAGUCCCAGGUCAACAAGAUGAGAGCCAAGAGCAGAGAGUUUGGAAAGGCUGCUGAAUCUGAGUAGACCUUGCAGCGAUGACACAGAAGACAUCCUCUAUGCAAGUUCUUAGUACAAGUAGAAACUCACCGGAGUUAACAAAUGUUAUUGUUCUGCCGUGAGAUUGUAGCAGAAUAAAGUGGUGUGAAGCAUUA